AUGCUUAAAGUAGUCGGCGCCUCUUGGCUGCAGACGAAAAUAAGUUCAUACAUAUUGGGAUUCCUCGGUGUUCUUGCUAUAUUGGCACUCUUCGCUGGACAAAUGGAGAGAAUACAGGAGGAUGGAAACUACGCCGCGACGGUCUUCUACUCGGAGAAAACUGGAUACCGUAUUGAGUACUGGGGUCAAAGUAACGACUUGGCAGACCUGCCUAAGGGUGUGGCGCGUGGCUACUUCCGAAUGGAUAUCGAGACAACGGGCUGGUCCCUCCUGGAAGUGGAAACUGACGGCUCGUAUAGAGACGACAUACAAGCGUACGCGGCAGGCAUAGUGGAAGGUGCGCUGACGUCGUAUCUGAUACACACGCAUCUAGACAACACUAUUAGAGCGAGAUGCGAAGGCCAGCCCGCCAAGAAGCAGUGCGACAAGUUGCGAGACGAGUUGGACAAGUCCUUCAACAUCUGGAAAAGUUAUGCGGCCGAGCGGGAAGCGGAUGACCCCUUCUGGCACCAUGUAUCUUUAUACUACACGCAAAUCAGCGGCAUGUACACCGGCUGGAAGCACGGUACCGAGCGGAACACGAACUUGGAGACCGACAUAUCAGACCUUUACUGGUUGAACUCCAUCGCGGACGUGGUGGAGUUGCAGAGGAAGAUGAACAUCACUAUCGACGACCCGGCAAUAGACAAGUUGCCAGGUCUGUCGAGCGCCUUCUUGAGGAUCACCAACACAACUUCGGAGGACGGAACGGCGACAAAGAAGAUAUUCCUCGCUCACAAUGUAGCUGGAAGUUAUUCAUCAAUGACCCGAAUAUUGAAGAAGUACAAACUUAACUACCGCAAGUCACAGAACGACGACACCUUAGCACCUGGGGUGUCGAUCGAGUUCUCGGGCUACCCCGGCUCUGUAACCAGCCAGGACGAGUUUUACCUGAUCAAAGGAGACAACCACAGGAUGGCGAUAACUGGAACAACCCUGAAAAACUACAACAGAAAACUAUGGAAAAGUGUCAACAUCACAGAGCAGCUGCCCGUUGGGCCGCGUGUGUCUGCCGCGAACAAGUUGUCACCUAACGUGAGCGCGUGGGGGCGCACUCUGGCGGCGAGCAACUCGGGAACGGCGAGCAAGCAGUGGCUGGUCGUCGACUUCAAACAGUUCCAGCGCCUCCACGCCCACGAGGGCGUCCCUAGAAGCGACAAGAAGGAGGUCGUCACCGAGAUAACUGUAAACAAGGACGUGAAGCACACCAUCAUCCACCGUAGCGGCGGGGGGCGGGCCAAGGGCGCCGUGUGGCUCCUGGAGCAAGUGGCGUCGCGGACUCAGUCGGCGGACAUCACUGCCGCCCUGCUCGACACGCACCACUGGCACACCUACGGGCUGCCCUUCUUCAAGGACGUGGCGGAGAUAACGCACGUGACGAAAAUGGAGGCGCUUUACGGGAAGGUGUUCUCGGAGUCCGAAUCGCAGCGCGCUAUAACAUUCAAGCGCGGCUACAAGAACGCCACCUCCCUCGAGAGCAUCAUCGAACUGAUGCGCAUGAACAACUUGACCGCCAUAAACAGAGGGAACGAAACGAACUUGGCGGAUUGCGCUCAGGACUUCGACUGCGUGCUAAGCGAGGCGGAUCUUUGGUCCGUUCCGGGGGUUAGAGGCGAUGUGGUGAAGCAGCAUCAACAGCCGUACGGAGUUAUUGACACGAAGGUUGUUUACGGUACAAUAGACAGCGACGACUUGGAACUUGUCGCUAUAUCCAGUCCACCGUUCACGGAAACACCGCGGCUGAACCAAACGCAGACACCGCUUAAUAAGGGAAAUGUAGCCUCCGUUUACACCGACCAGUUUGACGACGAACCAACGAUAAACGGACUACAGAUAAGAGACCUCGUUAAACAGCAGGCCGAACAGGAAUCGCUGGAUAUUCUUAGCAAAGACACCCUCAAACCGUUCCAGUGGUCCGAAAGCCCAUUCAAGGACAACAUACACGCCGGUCUUCCCGACAAAUGGGCGUUCGGUCCAUUUAAACCCAAGUGGUCCUGG